CAGAAAGUGCGGUGAGGUUCUGACCGGCCAGUUUGUCCGAGCCCUGGGUGCGACGUUUCACCUGGAGUGUUUCAAAUGCGAGGAUUGUGGUCAGAUUGUUGCGUCCAAGUUCUUCCCCAUGGAUGCGGAGGACGGAAGUGGACAGUACCCGCUGUGCGAAACUGACUACUUCAGGCGCCUAAAUCUUCUGUGCCAUGCGUGCGGUGGUGCUCUGCGUGGUUCAUACAUCACUGCGUUGGAUCGUAAAUAUCACAUCGAACACUUCACAUGUUCUGUAUGCCCGACGGUGUUUGGUGCUCAGGACUCGUACUACGAACACGAAGGCAAAGUGUACUGCCACUUCCACUAUUCCACCCAGUUUGCACAACGUUGCCAUGGUUGCCACACGGCAAUCUUAAAGCAAUUCGUCGAAAUAUUCCGCAACGGACAGGAUCAGCACUGGCAUCCGGAGUGUUACAUGAUCCACAAAUUUUGGAAUGUGCGCCUGGCACCCACGGAUGAGCCACUCCAACCUCCCCCAAUGGAUCUUAAUGCCACCGACGAAGAAAGAGAACGUGUCCGCGAACAAGAAGAUGCUAUGGAGGAGAAGGUCUAUCGAAUCUGGAGCACCCUUUCCGGCUUCGAGGAAUCAUCCGCUGGCUGCAUCUCAGAUAUGCUCUUGCACGUUAGCAAUGGCGCUUAUAUUGAUGGAGUCCUCGUUGCAAAGCGUUUCAUCCGCCACGUUGACGUUCUGUUCGCGGCCAUUGAUCGGUUAGCAAAAACCAUCAAGGCCCAGGGCAUGAAGGGUCUUUCGUAUGGACGUGAGGCAAAGCUUCUAUGCAAGAAGAUUGUCGCCUUUUUCGCCUUACUGUCAAAAACCCAGGAAACAGGGGUUCGAAAGCUGGGUGUCACACAAGAGCUGCUGUCUCUGGUGACAGGUCUCGCUCACUAUUUAAAGCUUCUUAUCCGUAUCGGCUUACAGGGUUCUUUGAAGCUUGAAAGAGAGAAGGAUGUAUCGGAAGGAUUGCAUUAUUUCUUGUCCAAUCUAGGAGAUCUGUCGACCCUCAGCCAGCCCGAAACGCCUGCCAAUUUGAUGAUCGGCGUGGAGGGACUCCACGACCCCCUUUCUGACUGCUGCACGUUUUGCAAGGAGCCCAUUGAUGAUGAGUGUGCAACUCUGAAAGGACUACGGUGGCACCUUAAGCCUUCGCAUGUUGCUUGUGCAGCAUGCCAAAAAGAUUUGGCUCCCGAUCUAAAGGAAGCGUUGUGGAGUGAGAAAGAGAAACGGCCAUUCUGUAGCGAAUGUGCGCUUCAGCGGAAUCUCGCUCCGGACGCCCAAGAAAGGUUUAUCCAUGUCACGAAGCUCCAGCAGUAUGUUUUCUUACUGCGGGUUGCUCUGGCCAGACUUCUCGCGGUUUUGCGUGCUGGAGGAACGUUGCCUCACACAUCAGCGUAUGAGGCCAAUGAAGGUCACCGACUUUCCACCGACGGCGAUCCUCGCAAGUCGACCACGCGGUCCAAGUCAUACAACGACGCAACUGGAGAGGCGCAACAAGAGUCGUCUCUCGAGCAAACAGUAGGGGAAAUGCGACGACUACGCUCGAUUCGAAAUGAGCAUACCCUGUCCACGACAUACAAAAAAGCGCGGGCCUCUCGUAUCAUCGAUGGACCCCAGGGACGGAGCGUACGUCCCGGCUCGUCUGGCGGUGAUGGCACGGACACUCGAAACCAGGGCUUCCAGAUCGUUGAGGAAAGGGAUGCCAAUGGUGAAACAGUUAACGAACUCACCUUCGGAAACCAGGAUGCUCUGACCCUGGAUGAUAUCCCUAGAAUUGUCGCGGCAGAACAAGCUAAGGAGCAGCGUCCUAAUGCCUACCGACAUGCCGGUCCUAAACUGAUUGGAGCCGGGGAGCCCCUCGCUCGAUAUGGUCAGGGCCACCAGCGCGCUGUUUCAGGCGGCAACCUGGACAUUGGUGGAGUUGACCAAACUGGACGGACCAAGAAAUACUUUUCAGAACUCACUGCGCUGGAGUAUUUUAUUGUUCGCCAUGUUGCCGUAUUAUCUAUGGAGCCGCUGCUCGAAGGCCAUUUUAACCUAGAAGAAUUGCUCUCCUUGAUCGAAUCCCGCAAACCUACCAUCUGGAAUAUAUUUGGGCGCGCGUUCAACAAGGAGACAAAGCGGCCUGGGAAGAAGAAGGGCAUCUUUGGGGUCAGCCUUGAAUACCUGGUAGAGAAAGAGGGUGCGGACUCAACUCACGGAGUCGGACCCGGCGCGCUUCGCAUUCCUGCGCUGGUAGACGAUGCAAUAUCUGCAAUGCGACAAAUGGAUAUGUCUGUUGAAUUUGUCUUCCGGAAAAAUGGCAACAUUCGACGUCUUAAGGAUCUGUCUGAUAUGAUUGAUACCAAGUACGACCAGGUUGAUUUGACCAAAGAGAGCCCGGUUCAAAUUGCUGCUCUCCUGAAGAAAUUCCUCCGAGAAAUGCCCGAUUCCCUUCUCACCUUCAAGCUUCAUCGUCUCUUUGUGGCCUCGCAAAAAAUUCCGGACCCGGAGAAGCAGAAGCGUAUUUUGCAUCUCGCAUGUUGCCUCCUUCCGAAAGCUCAUCGUGAUACUAUGGAAGUUCUCUUUGCCUUUCUCAACUGGGCAUCUUCGUUUUCCCAUGUAGACGAAGAGUCUGGAAGUAAAAUGGAUAUCCACAAUCUUGCUACCGUGAUGACACCAAAUAUCCUUUACCCGAAUGCGAAGAAUGACUCUGUCGAUGAUAGUUUCCUGGCCAUUGAAGCUGUUAACAUGCUCAUUAUGUACAAUGACACCAUGUGUGAGGUAAGUUUCUUGUCCUACAAUGCUUCUUUGACCGACCUUAGUAUUCACGCAUUGUAGAUACCGGAGGACCUGCAAUCAAUUAUCAACGACACCGGUUUCUUCAAAGAGAAUGCAGAAAUUACGACAAAGGAAAUUCUAAAGCGAUAUGGUGAUAUCGGUCGGGGGGUUGGCCCACAGAAGCUGGACAAUGGCAACGAGCCUGUCAUGGUUACAGCUAAUAGCAGAGCUAACACUAGUCCUGCUACGGCCGCACGCAUUGAAGCAGAUCCAUCGCAGGAUACAGCAUGGCAGAUGCAGAGCUCAGUCCGCCACGUUCCGAAUAGUGAUGGACAUGGUCCUCAAGUCGGCACCUCUCCUUCGACGGGAGAUCUCACAGCUGGGCAUCGUGAAGGUAAUACCGGAAACAGUCGCGGACCCACUGUAACUGAGACCGAGGGAUCAUCUCAGCCUAUGCCUUACAGGCCACGUCCCAAUGCAGGGCCCAUGGGCGUUACAAGCUGACCGUUGUCCCCCACCUCUUUUUUAACAAGAUUCGCCUGGCUUCACUGCGCAAUGGCUAUUUGAAUUAUUCAUAUUCUUUUCAAGUUUCGACUGGGUGUUAAGAGGCAAGUACUCGGGCUGCCCAGGCUCACCUUCUUUUCUCCAUUUUCGACUUGCGGGACUGGUUUUUGCGGAGUUGAUUCUUUUUUUUCCCCCUUUUUCCGCUCCUGGUUGGAUGACUUUGAAGCUUUACUCGAAUUAUCGGCUGGUUUGGUGCCGUGUAUGGAUGAUACCUAUUUACCAUUUUACUUUUUGCUCCGUUUUGUGUUUAUUUUUCUCGUCCAUUUUGCUACCCUUUGAGUUUUGCGGAAAUCAAGAUAAACGCAGGAGGUAACAGUGCAGAAUAUAACACUGCGUCUUGAGGGAUAUUCGGCGAUUGUCCGAAGUGUUUUUUUUUUUCCUACAUUUCUUUGUCUCUUUAUCCAUAAUCCGAAUCCGAAUCCGAAUUACAACAGGAGUUGUUGACUAGGCAGGGAGGAGUCUACACCUGUAAAUGACGGCCUGAGUCCGUGGUGUUCAUAACCUGGAGAUUUUCGGUUUUUUUUUUCGUUUUUCAUUUCUUUUUCUGGUAUUGUGUCUUUUUCCAACUUUCCCCUUUACCAGCAUCAUCCCUGCAGGUGCAAUUGCAAUGAUACCUAAGUGUUGUCCAUUUCUAAAGUCAAUUGAAUCGUUCUAUUGAUUAUUAAUUUUUUCUAUCGUGUUUUGUCUAAUUACUGGUUUCCGUCAUUGUUGCUUGGUAUCGGUAGGAUGGAUGGAUACAUUGCAUUAAUCGUCCCCGUUGGGUUUGCCUAUUUCCAGUUGAUUAUUUGUUUUCAGCUUAACUGAGAUUCUCUCAGUGAAAUAUGGUAUUCCCAUACGUUUAUUUUAUUUCAUCUCCUGUUCACAGGUCCUGUAAACUCCGGAAUCGCCUCCUGAGAAGACUAGAGAGAUAUCCAUCAGUGAUGGCGUAUGAAAACCAACACUUUUUAUUCAAAUUGGGUUCUUGACGA